ACAAUAACUUCUUUGGCGAGGAUUCUCAUGAACUCCUUACAAAGUCUUUGUUUCAAAUGAAAAACGACAAGUGGAAAGAUAUGCGCAGCACAUUAAGUCCAGCAUUUACUGGCAGUAGGCUACGUCAAAUGUUUGAGUUAAUCAAUCAGGUGGCCGAAGACAGUACAAACUAUUUGCACAAACUACAUUCCAAAGAAUCCUGCAAUGGUAUUGAGUUAAACUUAAAGGACUAUGCAACGCGUUUUACAAAUGAUGCCAUCGCAUCAACAGCUUUCGGCUUACAAGUGAACUCUUUUGAAGAAAAGGAUAAUACCUUCUAUAUGUUGGGAAGAAAGGCGACUUCGUUUUCAUUUUGGAUGAACUUAAGAUUACUGUUGAUCAUACAGUGCAAAGGCUUGGCAAAGGUUAGUAUGGUUUUGUAAAUGAUGAAAGA